AGCUGAUCCACAGUUCUUGGCGUACGAGUGUGUGACUCCCAGGCGAUGUGAAAACGCGUGCUCUCUCAUGAAUCGUGAAAAAGUUGCCUAUUCGUUGAUCGGAGUUCUCGAUAGUUCUGGGAGUUACGUCUCAAAGCCAGUUAUGGGAGCCUCCGGUGGUGGAUUACUAGGUUGAAGUCCCGGGGUUUCCGCGUGUCGCAAUAUUCAGUGUUAUUUUCACGCUCCUGGUCUGCAAGAUUAGUAAAUACCAUUUGAUGAGAAGCUCUACAAUUUGAGCCUGGAAACUGCGGUUUUCCGCGUGCCGAGGUACCCUCGGAAGACGUCAAACAUUGUCAAAAUCCACGGAUUGAAGUGACGUCACGUCUCAUUGUACAGUCUGGGAAUUUCGUUUUUCAACAGUCUCAGGAUGAGCGAUAAAUCAUACCCUGGUUCGAGUGUCGUAGAGAGUACUCCGAAGAAACUCCCGGGCAGACAUGCACAGUACCGCAUUGUGAUGGAAGUUGCAUGUGUUUUGGACAUCCAAGCUAACCCAGGGAAAGCCCUUGCCCGCCGAAAAGCACUCGACGAUGUUCGGAAUGCCUGUAAUGCUGUUGGAGCUGCUUUCACACACAUACUAUUCGAGAAGUUGGAUUUCGGCGAAACAAACGUACUGGAUACGUUUUACAACUCCGAUGUCAUCAUUGUUGACUUGUCGAUUCCUGUGCAACAGUCAACCCUGUUCUACCAUCUAGGUGUGCGAGAAAGUUUUGAGAUGAAGCAUAACAUUAUCUUGUACAACGAAACCGAUUCUGCGUUGACUGAAUCACUGAAGCAACUUUGUGGCAGAUAUCCAUUCAUUCCAUACGCGUAUAAUGAAGCAAAAGGCACGUGUGCUGUUGCGGACACGGCUUUGCGCAUGGCAACUGAGCUAAACGCAAGUCAAGAAGUUCUUCCAGUGAAGCCAUUUUCUUUGGCGAGCAAGAUUUGCGGUUUGCUUCAGGACGUUGAAGUGCAGUCAAAAGCUCACAUGAAAGAAAAGUUUUUGGCUGAUUUACGUCAAACGAGGGAGAAAUACAAUGCCAAAGACCUCCAAAAGGCACUUCAUAACCUCCGCAAGCGUCUGGAUGAUCCUGAUUUGCUUUCGGGAGAUGUUGUACUCAACAUGUUGAUAUCAUUUCGAGAGAUUCAGGAUUACGAAGCUAUGGUACAGCUCGUGGAAGAUCUCAAAGCUUUACCGAGUCAUAGGAACUGCACCAGUACUCCUGCGAUUAUAUUCCUGUAUGCCUUCGCUUUGAAUCGUCGAAAGUGCAAAGGGGAUAUUGAAAAAGCGCUGAACAUCAUUAAUAAGGCCUUGGAAAAUGAAGAGAACCAUGUGCCAGACAUCGUUUGUUUGUGCGGGAGGAUUAACAAAGAUAAGUUUGUGGAGUCGGGUUAUGAGGAUCAAGAGGCUCUGCAGAAUGCAAUACACUGGUACCGCAAAGGUUUUAAAGUACAGCCGAAUGAAUAUGCAGGAGUAAACCUCGCAACUCUGCUUCGAAUUGCCGGCAAUGACUUCAGCACUUCUUCUGAGCUGCAACACGUUGGUCUGGUGCUGAACAACUUGAUCGGCCGUAAAGGUAGUUUAUCGAGCCUGAAAGAUUACUGGGAUGUUGCGACAUUUUUUGAAAUCUCCGUGCUUGCUGAGGAGCACGGAAAGGCUGUUCAAGCUGCAGAAUGCAUGUUCAAUCUCAAACCGCCUGGAUGGUAUUUGAAGUCCACUAUUGGCAAUAUCACCCUGAUCAGCAUGUUUUGUAAGAAGCCCGAGGAGGAUUUGUCCCGUGAUGAGCAUUUAUUCAAUUUCUGGCUGGAGUACUUCGUGGAAGCUACGAAGACGAGCGACCAGCUUUCAGACACAAUUCGCUUUCCGAUCGUGAUAAAAGAAGCAAAUAAUGAAUUGAUGCCAUCGCACAUCAGCGUCAAUCUGGACGACGAAGAGAAAUCUCUGCAGAUUUUCAACCUAUGUGUGGAUCACGAUGAAAGGAAAUGCCAUUUGAUUCACGAUUUUCUUUUCACUGCCAACUCCAUUCGGGGUGUGAGCAUGUACAAGAGGGACGAACGAUGCUUGUACCUCUACGUACACCAGAACUCAGACGAUUUCCAGAUUUUUUUCCCUUCCGAAGACUCGAGAUCCCGGUUUUUUGAGUUGAUGCAACAAAUGGCUGAUGAUCCGGAUUCUAGCUUUCCAAAUCUGGAUGCUCCGCUUCAGGAUUUGCCGCCAAUCUCAUAUGAGUAUGAUUUGGAUGAGUCUGGGAAGAAAGUUUUGUUGGGGAAAGGCACAUAUGGGGAAGUUUAUGCAGCCAGAGAUCUGAACACACAAGUUCGUAUUGCAGUCAAGGAAGUUCCUGAGAUCAAUCUGGGUGAUGUGCAGCCAUUACAUGAAGAAAUCAGGCUUCAUUCGCAAUUGAGGCACAAGAAUAUCGUGCAGUACCUGGGUUCGAAGUCUGAAAACGGUUACUUCAAGAUUUUCAUGGAACAGGUUCCUGGAGGAAGUCUUUCCGCAUUGAUUCGCUCCAAAUGGGGUCCAAUGAAGGAGAAUGAGGGAACGAUCGCCUUCUACACGCGACAAAUUCUGGAGGGGCUCAAGUAUCUCCACGACCAGAACAUCGUUCAUCGUGAUAUCAAAGGAGAUAAUGUUCUCGUGAAUACCUAUUCCGGUGUACUGAAGAUCAGUGAUUUUGGCACCAGCAAGCGCCUUGCCGGUAUUUGCCCGUCAACGGAAACAUUCACGGGUACCCUGCAAUACAUGGCGCCUGAGGUCAUUGAUAAAGGACAACGCGGAUAUGGCCCACCGGCGGACAUAUGGUCUCUCGGCUGCACGAUAGUGGAGAUGGCUUCCGGUAAGCCGCCGUUUAUCGAGCUUGGAUCUCCGCAAGCUGCGAUGUUCAAGGUGGGGUAUCACAAGUCGCACCCGAGAAUACCGGAAGAACUAAGUGAACGUGCGAAGAAGUUCAUCUCGCAGUGUUUCAUUCCAAACCCAGAUGAACGACCCACCGCGGGCGACUUACUUCAGGACACAUUUCUUGAGCUCCCAGGCUCAAGGAAGAAGCAGCAGACGAAUCGGCUGACGACGCAGAACAGCCUGGUUGAAUUCAAUCGCAGCAUAUCCGUUCCCGGGGAGCGAGUACGUGUCGGACUGCGAGCUUCCGGCGAAACUAUCACCCGGGAAUCGUCACCUGCAUUGACCGACACGUUGUCCGUUGCCGAAAACGAUCUUAGUCGAGAAGUGACUCCGCCUGCAUCUGUUCCAAACUCCUCGCGGGGGCAGAAUUCCGCGAGAUUCCCCAACGUGGGUGGAUCUCCUGCUCCAGUUUCUCCGGAUUUGGGGAUUUGGAGUAUGUCUUCGAGGCGUCGAUCUGUGGAAAGGGAUUCUUUCUCCCCGAGAAUGCUGAUCGGAAGGGUGGAAGAUUCUUGGCCUGUGUUUCGUAGCCGUAGGACUGGGUUUCGUCCUUUGUCAGCGGAUGUUGACGACUACUACAAGCGGCGAGCGUCUUCCGGCAGCCGUGGGGAAGGCGUAGUGCUCAGUCCGGAGAUCGUAGACUCGAAUGGUAACACUUCAACGGCGACUGCGAGUCUCAUUCACUCUGGGAUGACAACCCCGAGGACUCCGACGUUGAGCCACGUUCCUGGUUUCCGUCACAGAGAAACUUCGAUCACUUCGACGAUCGAUGGACCUAAGGAGCAAGAUGGAUUUUAUUUGCUCAAAAAGGAUUCGCAGAGGCGUACCACGUUAGGGCGUGUCUUGUCUCAGGAUGAGAAGCGGAUUUGUGAGAUCUGGUUGAGUAUGAUCGAGGACCAAGUCGGGGAGCCGCUCGUCAGUCAGGAAAAUCUACAAGAGUUAAUGAAAAGCCUAAAGUCGUUCAUCGCCGACCAGAAUAAACAAGCUAUUGGUGACGUGGUGAAGUCGUUGAAAGAAGAGCUCGAGUACGACGGGGCAAGCAUCAAUCAACUGCAGAUUGCGCUUUAUUUGUUCACCGAAGCUGUGAACGUUGUUCUGCGAUCACACUCCAUUAAGCCACAUUGGAUGUUCGCGUUGGACAAUUUGAUGAGGACUGCUGUGCAGGCCGCCAUCAUGGUCCUGUCGCCAGAUCUCGGCGAGAAUCUUGCUUCGAGCUUGGCUGAGAGGAAAAUGAGUCGCUGGGAGAGGCAGGAUUCCGAUUCUACUUUCUACAAUGUUGCGCAAGAGGAUUCUCUUGCUUCAUCAUCACACACUACUGGGCCUUACUUGAUGGAACGAAGUAUCCAGCCCCCUACGCAUAUGACGAUUCCCGAAGAGCCUGCGAACUGUGUCGAGACUGCAGACGCUGUUCUGAAGUCUCCUGGUUCGUGUGACCCAGGUUCUUUGAUGGAUCAGGACAAUGUCGAUAUGGGCACCGGCAGUGCAGACGGCGCGGGCAUCCGUGGGAAUGAAGCUGUUUUGCGACUGCUUCGGGAUCAAACGCAGAUGCGAGAUGAGCUCCUUUCACUGCGAAGGGAAAACCGUACGAGACCAACUGAUUUGAACUUGUAUUUGUGCGUCAAUUUAACUGUUGAGUUUUCGAAUAUUCCGGACUCUCUUGCAUCUGUUUUCCUUCCGGUUUUCUUGGUGUUCUUGGCCGCUCUGUUCUCUGAUGAGCGAGUUCCUUUUCCGGUUCAUUUGCUCAGUCUAUUACUGAAGCGGCUUGUGGAUACCGAAGCGAAUAUGAGGGAUGCUCUGAUGGGUAUUUUCGAGGAUCAGAAGAAGGCGAGGGCGCGGCUCACAUCGAUGCUGAACGACUCGUCACAAGAAAAUGCUCGAUGUGGUUGUUGGUCUGGUCGUCGAGAAGCCCGCGAUGAGAGCAACAACAACAAUUUGAGGAUCCCGGUUCCUGGGCCAGAUUACGCCGACUCUGGAACCGGCACCGUUAAUUCCCUCGCCAGCAUUUCGGGAUAUCACGAUCUCCAGGACUGGCUAAAAUCCCUUGGUGUCGACGAAGCUUCCAUUCAGAAGUUUUGUUCGGAAGCGUUUGUUCUCAACGACGUUCUGGAGCUUAUGGAACGGGAAGAUCUUCGAAGGUUGGAUCUGAGAGGAGGCAUGGAGCUUAGGAUCUGGAGAGCUAUUUUGGAUCAUCGUAAUCGUGAGAAGCAGAAGGAGGAAGAGAAGAAGAAGAAGAAGCUGAGACUUUGCCGGACGGCUCGGCCACGUCUUCGUCCUCAGGAAAAAAUGAGCCGUCGCUCGCUCAAGAAAAGCUCCAAGAAGCGGAACGUCAUUUCCACGAAAAGGCUGAUCAGUGGAAGAGAAAUUUCGUAUCCCGGGAACAGCAAUCUGACAAUUGCCGGGAUGAUGAUCCCCAUUGCAGACGUCCAGUUCUGA